CUGCAUGCAGGUUUGCAAGUUGUACCUGCAGGCGCCCGUCGACCAUUCCACAGGCUCACCGCAACGGGUAUACCUCCGAGACAGGUCAACUCAUCACUCUCGCCUGUGAACCACGAGUUGACGCAGCAUCCCUGGAACCGACAAACCCGGUUACUUAGCGAAGCGAGCCGCCCUGCCGGCGUCGGUCCUGUGCCGCGAUGGAGCAGACCUCCUUGGCCGCCGCUGCUCCCCCAAUUCCCCGCAGGUCUCGAGAACGUGAGCGUGUCCGUGGCCGUGACCAGUCGCCAGACAAAGGCCAGCGCCCGAGUGCCAAUGCGAAGCACGACCGUGACAACACCGACGUCUUUGCCGACUGGACCAGCCGCGAUCGAGCGCGAUACGCCGACCUCUACCUUAAGGACGAAGAGGACGAUCAGGUCGCCCCGCUCCCCCCUGCGUCGCCCGAGGUCAUUUCGUCUCUCAUCACAUCGCUGUCUGCUAUUUCCAGACCGGUGAGCAAGCACUUCGACGGCCCCUCCUACCUGAGCCCAAUUGGCCUCGCGAGCCCCCUCAGCCUCUCGGUUCCCGGCUCUCCCACUGGCGGCUCGUUCGGCGUCGACUACGGCGCAUAUGCCCGGCCGUCGCUGAAGGAAUUACCGGAAGGAGAUGUGCCUCUAGAAGAUCUGCCCGCCAGCGCUCCGGUCGUCCGGACGUCCAAACCCCCCAGUGGCUUCUCCCCGAUGACGUCGCCCAAGUCGCCCAAGAGCCCUGGCGCUCGGGACUCGUCGUCGGGUCUGAGAGGCCUCCUGUCACGGCGGAGUAGCGGCGGCGUUUCCCGGCCGUCGAGCAAGGGGUCGCUCACGUCGGGCGCCGAGAGCAUCGGGAAGCUCAGCAUCGAACGCAGCAGCCAAGAGCCGCUCUCGCCGCUCGCGGAGGGACCCGGUCUGAAGAAGCAACACUCGUUUGACAGCUGGGGUAAGAAGGCGACGCGGAACCAGCGCGGUCUGAUGUACAUGAGCAGCAAGGAAAGACUGCGGGAGAAGGAGGCGGAGAAGAAACGGGCCAGCAUUGGCGCGGUGGGAGGGAGCUCGAACAGACUCAGUGCUGUGAGCGGGCCGACAACCCCGCGCCUCGAUCCACUUGCCGCAGAGUCGAUCAUCAGCGAGGAGCCAAACGGAUAUUUUGCCAUUGGCCACGCAGAGGACCAUAUCGGCGGGUCCGAAACGCCGGCCGACAGCCUCGCGAACCCCCGGUUGAUACCCACGAGAGACUCGUCGUUACGGAAGACCGGGAGCGGCGCCAAUAGGUCGUCCAGAGCGUCCCGGACCUCGAAGAGAGACAGUGAUGGUGCCGCGUACGGGACGAUCCCCGAGCUCGAGGAGCAAGGUGGCGGAAACCGCGGGUCGCGCAGUGAGACGGCGAGGCGGCGCCAGUCUGGUCAGAAGCCGAAUCAUGGGCUCGACCCCCUGAGCCUCUCAGCAGAGUUGCCGCCGAAGAACCCGGCGGCGUUGUUGAGCAAACCCCUCCCUGAAAUUCGCAGCGCAAGCCCGACGACGCCCUCUGCCGCUAUGUUUCCGGCCAUGGAUCCCAUCGACGACGGGGCACCUUCACCCGCUGUCGCGCAAGGGCGUCGCCGCGACCGCGAGGCGAGCGCUGAGUACAGGCGACGUUCGGGCCGCCUCACACCGGACCCAUUUGGCGGCGGGUACACCAGCGAAGGCGGCGGCGGUUCUACGACCGUUAAGGCGAAGCGCAGCAGCGCAAAACUCAAACGCCUGUCGGGCGCUCCGAGUCCCACACCCGACAAUGCGGCAGAACCAGGUCCUCCGGCGAAGAACAAUAGGCAUAGCGACGGGCCGCACGUCGCGUACGAGCGGCCGCGGAGCGCUGACAGCAUCGACGACGCCGUGGAAAGCUAUCUAUGCAGCCCCCGGCUCAGCCAGAAGAUCAGGCAUCCUCAGACCGGACGGGUGAUCAGCUUUAGCGAGGUGGGAGAUCCUAACGGCAGCGCCGUCUUCUGCUGUGUCGGCAUGGGAUUGACGAGGUACAUCACUGCGUUUUACGACGAAUUGGCCUUGACGUUGAAGUUGCGUCUCAUAACACCGGACCGUCCGGGUGUUGGCGACAGCGAGCCGUAUACCGAAGGCAGCUCGACGCCUCUGAGCUGGCCUGAUGAUGUGUAUGCGAUCUGUCAGUCUCUCAAGAUCACCAAGUUCUCCAUCUUGGCGCAUUCCGCGGGCGCCAUCUAUGCCCUUGCUACGGCACUCCGCAUGCCGCAACAUAUCCGCGGCAGGAUACAUCUGCUUGCCCCCUGGAUUCCCCCCUCGCAGAUGAACGUGUUUGGCGCUAGCGACAAGACGCCGCUGCCCCCUACCAACGCGAUACCCACCAGCCAAAGGAUAUUGCGGGCGCUCCCGACGCCUAUCCUGAAAGCCGCAAACAGCAGCUUCAUGACGGCCACGAGCUCCAGCAUCACAAGUUCCUUGCCGAAGCAGAAACGAGCCAGGCGGGAGAAGAGGAACCGCGAUACGGCUUCUGCGAAGGAGAACAAGGACCAACCCAAGGGCAUGUUCCACGGCGGACAGGAAAACAAGGAGAACCUGAACUACGACGGCAACUCCAAAGAAUUCCCCAUCAUCCCAGGAGCGGACGACAGCAUGGACCGGGACCGGCCGGCCGGAAAUAGCGGGUCCUCCCACCAGAACGGCGGCAUCGGCCACCGGCACCGCCGCUCCAACUCCACCGCCCAGGGGUUCCGGCGGCAGUCCGAUCUGAAGGACGAGUCGCACAUCCUCUCGACGGCCGCCGCCCUCGCCAGCGCGCAGAUCGCCGACCGCGAGCGGCAACAGCUGUACGACAACCGGCUGACGCACGCCAUCUGGCAGCUGGCCACGACGGGCGCCAACCCGGCCGUCGACCUGCUGGUCUGCCUCGAGCGGCGCCACACGAUCGGCUUCCGGUACGUCGACAUCACGCGACCCGUGGUCAUCCACCACGGCAGCCGCGACACGCGCGUGCCCGUCGACAACGUCCGCUGGCUGGGCAAGACCAUGCGCCGCUGCGAGGUGCGCGUACUCGAGGGCGAGGGCCACGGCCUGAUGGCCUCGGCCCAGGUCAUGGGCGGCGUGCUGAUGGAGAUCUCGCGCGAGUGGGAGGAGUGGGGCCGCGUCACGGGCGCGACGAGGCGCGAGCACGAGAGCAGGGCCAGGAGGGGGACCGUUGGGCAGGGGGCAAGGUGAUGAUAGGUAUCCAUCAUUUACCUAAUAAGCUAACCAUCCAAGGGAGACUCGGAUACUUUAUUUUAGCGGGUCUUGUCGUGUUGCAAGUAUUAGGUUAUUGUAUUGUACAUAAUUCAUAGCGGAUCCGACCGAUCUUCUGGGGGUAAUGUUCUCCUCUUUGUUGAACGCCGGUCUUUAGAAGGGGAUUCUAUGGCUUCAGGUCUCUUAUUUGGAUGGGGAUUGGGAUACCACGCUUAGCGCUAGUUGCGUUGGGCUUUAUGCA